AAGCUUUAGCGUUGUCACGCACGAAACGAGGGAAAACAUGCAUAUCAUUUGCCGAUGAACAGACGUGUAAAUAAAUCUGUGGUUUCAACUUAAUAUUCACAACAUUUCUCAAAACAUAGCUGUGGUAGUGCAGAUAUCGGCUAGCUAUCAAGGCAAAUUUGAAAAAUAAUCCGUGGUUUUGACAACCAAUUUGGCCAUUUGUUUUCCUAGUCACAAAAAUGUCAGACACCUUGAUGUUUGCGUUUUGCCUAUUCGACACCGGGGCACUUUUAUUUCUACUUGUUUAUUACAUUAUUACCUUAUCAGAUCUGGAAUGUGAUUAUCUAAAUGCACAACAAUGCUGCUCGAAUCUCAAUAUAUGGAUUUUACCAAGAAUAAUAGCCCAUCUUAUCACUGUUAUCCUGUUAUCAUUCACUGGGCACUGGUGGAUUGUUCUCACGUCACUUCCUGUAACACUAUGGCUUAUUUACGAGUGGUUUUCUGUUCCAAAGGGAAAUAUGGGUGUUUAUGACCCAACAGAAAUCUAUAAUAGAGGUCAAUUGAAAAGACAUAUGAGGGAUUGCAUGAUUGGUUUAGGAUACUACCUUAUAAUGUUUUUCGUCUAUUUGUACUGCAUGAUUCUUUCAAUGCUAGCUGGUGAUCCAAGACACAAAGAAGACCCAUCUAUGAUUAAUGAUCUCAACCCGUAAAUUGCUUAAUUGGACUCUUUUCUGACAUAGCUAGUCAUUAAAUGAGUUUAUGGAAUUUCUUGUCAAAUACUCUCGACACUAAUCAAUUUUUCUUCUCGGCGUGUGGUAUGGGUCUGGUGCACUUCCAUGAAUUUACAUGGACGAUUGACUGUCGCGAUAUUGCGAUGAUAAUGUGUAUUGGAUUGGAAAUUAUCACUAAUCAUGAAUUAUUAAUUGUCAUCGCCUUCCCGAGCUUGGAAGUCGUGAAGAGCUGUGAUGUGAGAAAUUCGUGUCUCCAGUACACUUCCAUGGACCAUCUCUCCUAAAAUCUUGUGAAUUAUUUCCUUGUUGUGGACUGUUUGCAUCUCUGUCUUGAUAAAUAAAUAAAUCCAAUAGAA